AUGGCACCAAGACGCAGCGGUUAUAGCGGCUCCGGAUACAGCACUGCUGCAUGUUCGAAAGCAUACACCACAACCUACGCCCAAACCGGCCUCGCAUACUAUGUAAUAUUUCUGGUCCUCUUCACGGGGAUCUUUAUCGCGACGUUCUUCGUCCGCAGGAAAACUGGCGCCGGAAAGAAGUUGAUCGGCGUACCUUUCGUUGUUGCAUUAUUCUUCCAAACUCUCUCGCGCCUUCUGGCCCUCAUAAGUAACGUUAUGUAUGAGUGUGAUGGCCUUGGCAUUAACGAUUAUUUGAACAUAUCGAUAGCCUCCAGCGUCAUGUACUGUUUGGCUAAUUGGGCGCUGAUCGUUACCUUUGCCUACAUCCUGAACUCUAUGCUGCUUAAGCAACUUCAGAUCACAUCUUCCGGAUCCAAGACUGUAUUUCGGAUUAUCGUUGGAGUUAUGGCCGUUGCCAUGAUUGCGGACUUGGUCCUUUCCAGCUACGUCACGACGAGCAACAGAUACUAUGAUUUCGACUAUGGUCUUUUGAUCCUCACAUCAUACGGCCUUUCUCUCACAGUGUAUAUUUUAUGGUUGAUCAGCGUCAUUAUCUCAGCGGCUUUUUCGUUGUCAAACAUUUCCGCAUUAAGAUCGAGACGUCUACCCGGAGGCGACCUCAUUGUUUGGGUAACCGCCCUUUAUAUCGCUUUGCUCGUUUAUUCCAUAUUGGGGGUCGUCUUCUCAUCCUCUCCCUUGUGGCCCGUUCGACAUUUACUUUCGUCGGAGGCAUCAUUGGCUUUGUCGUUCAUCUCGAGCUUGUCACAAGCCCUUCCUUUCAUAACUCUGUUGUGCAUUGCCAAACACGUCUCCUGGGAUCAGACGACGGUAAAGACCGACCAGGUGUAUGCGCCUGUUAUACAGCAGCAAGCGACGUACGGCUACGGCAAUGGACAACAGGAUGAUUAUUACCAGCAAACACCUGAGCUUGUACAUGUCAGAUGA